AUGGCGCGCAGAUUCUCUUUGCCAGCAACCUUUAGUCCCACAGUGGACGAUCCUGCAGUCAGAGCUACCACGCUAUAUAUGAUAUGCAGUGUUGGCAUGGUUGUCGCAAACAAGGAGGCGGCUACCAGGCUUCAGGCUGGAACCAUCUUACUAGCAAUGCAGCAACUAGCAACCAUCCUGGUGGCCUGCGUUCUUCACAUACUCGGCAGCAAGGAGAUCCGUGGAAACAUGCACGAGGUGAUACGGUGGUCGCCCAUCGCGGUCUUGUCAGGCUUGAUUUUAUGGACCGGCAUGCAGGCGCUGAUGUAUGCAUCGCUGUCUACCUUGACAGUCAUCCGGAAUGCCAGCCCUCUCAUUCUUUUGGGAGCAGAGCGGCUGAUGUUCGGCGUCCCGAUCACGAAGGAUGCCAUCAUAUCCUUGUCCACAAUCUUGAUAGGCGUCGUCAUCUAUUGUUCAGAUGACAUCUCGACUAAGGAAGCCCUCGGGAUCUUCCUGGUGGUCUUAGACGCAGCAUUCGUGUGCUUGGACCGUCUAGCGCAACGCUACCUACUCCAGGAGAUGCCAGUGUCCCUCUCCUCUUCGGCCUUGGUCCUUGUGUCCAACGCUGUGGGCCUCCUUUUCUCCUUCGCGCUGCUUUUCUACCCCAUGCACACGGAGCUCCAUGAGGUCGAGUGGACUCCAGCAGGAAUUUCCUGGUCCAUCGCCUCUUGCAUUGGAGGUGCGGCCAUCGCCUACGCGGGCAUUGGUUUGUCGCGCAAUCUUAGUGCGACUGCUGCCCUCGUGGUCACCAACAUAGACAAAGUGCUAGUACUUUGCUAUGGUGUGAUGAUGUUGGGAGAUCACUUUGACUCAACGAAGUUGUGCGGAUGCACCUUCGCCCUCGUCGGAGGUACUUGGCAUGCGUGGGGGCGACUACGUGCCGGAGAGGAGAAGAAGCAGGAAUUGAAGACGGAGAUUAUUCAGCGACUGGCCAACUCGCUGCGUCGAGGUGGCUAUCGCCCGCAAGAUCUUUUUAGCAAGCUCGAUGCAGAUGGCAGUGGCCGGCUGUCCCGGCAGGAGCUGCUGAGCAUCGUUCUCCGCUUCGAGCCAGGCCUUACGCCGACAGAGCAAGACGCCAUCUUUCAGCGCUUUGACGCUGACAACAGUGGCUGUAUUUCCUGGGCCGAGUUCUGGAACACGAUUCAAGGUGGCAACUCUACUGCUGGGACAGGAGGGCAGCUGUCACUCCCCCAGACGCUGCCACCAACGACUCCGGGGGCUUUGCUUGCACCACUGCAGCCGGGCUUGGCUCCUCUCGCACCGGCACAAACCGUGGGAGUCCAGGCAGGCGCCCUGGAGAGAACUUUGCACCCUCAGGAAUUACAGCACCAGCGCGCAACGGCUGAGGAAGUCAUUCGACGCAUUGCUGCUGCAAUCGCACGCAGCGGUCGCAGGCCGCAUGAUUUCAUCACCAGACUGGAUGCCCGUGCUUCCACGCUUUCCAGAUCAGAGGUAGAACAGACGCUAUUCCGCUUGGAGCCAAGCCUUUCCGGCUACGAACGCGAAGCCGUGCUCGUCCGGCUGGGCCUGGAUAGACUCUUUUUCAGCAAUUUCUGGCCGUUACGAGCACCCGCUUGCUUCACCAGAGUUUAG